GAGAAGACGAAGAAGAAGGACCUGAGAUUGUCUCACGCUUCUUUCCAGGUUCAUAGUCAGCUGGGCCGAAGAUGAAGCAAGAUUCCUCUCGAAAUGCUGCUUACACCGUGGAUUGUGAGGAUUAUGUUCAUGUGGUGGAAUUUAAUCCCUUUGAAUGUGGUGAUGCAGGAACUUUAAUUGCAUAUGGCGGCAAUAAUUAUGUUGUCGUUGGCACUUGUACAUUUCAGGAGGAGGAAGCAGAAGUGGACGGGAUUCAGUAUAAAACACUAAGAACCUUUCACCAUGGACAGAGAGUUGAUGCUAUUGCUUGGAGCCCAGAGACCAGGCUUGAUACUUUGCCUCCAAUAAUCAGAUUUUGUACUGCGGCUGCCGAUAAGAAGUUGAGACUAUUUACUUCAGAUCUUCAGGAUAAAAAUGAAUAUAAGAUUUUAGCUGGUCAUUCAGAUUAUAUAAAUGAUUUGGUAUUUGCCCCCAAAGAAGGUCAAGAAAUUGCGAGCGUGAGUGAUGAUCAUACAUGCAGAGUCUGGGACUUAGAAGGGAAUCAGAAAGCUUAUUUUGUUCUACGUUCCCCUGGAAGGAGUGUCUGUUGGCAUCCUGAGGAAGCUUGUAAGUUGAUGGUUGCAGAGAAGAAUGGAACAAUCAGGUUCUAUGAUCUCAUUACCCAGCAGGCUAUCCUGUCUCUUGAAUCUGAACAGAUGCCAUUAAUGUCAGCACAUUGGUGUUUAAGAAACACCUUCAAAGUUGGCGCUGUUGCAGGAAAUGAUUGGUUAAUCUGGGAUAUUACUCGGUCCAGUUAUCCUCAGGACAAGAGACCUGUCCAUAUGGAUAGAGCCCACCUAUUCAGGUGGUCUUCCACUAACGAAAACCUGUUUGCAACCACUGGUUACCCUGGUAAAAUGACUACUCAGCUGCUAAUUCAUCAUCUGGGGCACCCUCAGCCUAUCCUCAUUGGUUCUGCAGCUGUGGGAUCUGGUCUGUCCUGGCACAGGACUCUCCCUCUUUGUGCAAUGGGAGGUGACCACAAACUAUUGUUUUGGGUGACUGAGAUGUAAAACAAAUAUGAGAUGUAAAACAAAUAUCUUCCUCAUACACUAAGUUCUCAAACUACAUUUUUAAUAAAUAUUUUGGUCAAAA